AGCGGGUUCGGUUUCAGUUUUCUUUAUCCCCAAAAAACCCUAAACUCUUCUUGUCGCCGACUUCUGCAACUCCUUUCAAGAAAUCAAGUUUCAGGUCAUCGGUGAAAUUGUUGUGUUCCCGGCGAAUUCAACUUUCAACUUUCAUCUUUCUCCUCGACGUUGCUAAUUUCUACGGUUCCCCUGUAUUUCACCGUUAGAGCAAUUCCAAGAUGUCGUCGCUGCGUAAUGCUAUUCCACGUCCUGCUCAUAAGGAGCGAUCUCAACCGCAAGCGAGGAAGAGGUAUGGCCUCCUCGAGAAGCAUAAGGAUUAUGUUAUCCGAGCUAAUGCUUAUCACAAAAAGCAGGAAACUUUAAAGAUACUUAGGCAGAAGGCGGCAUUCAAGAAUCCAGAUGAAUUCAACUUUAAGAUGAUCAAUAGUAAAACUGUUGAUGGAUAUCAUAGACCAAAGGAUGAGGUAAAUAAAUACUCUGCGGAAGAGCUCAUGAUCAUGAAGACCCAAGAUAUUGGAUAUGUGUUCCAAAAAUGGCAGAGUGAGAAAAACAAAAUUGACAAGCUGACUGCAUCGCUGCAAUGUACUGGGGGUCAGUCAAGCCGUAGACAUGUUUACUAUGCUGAAGACAGAGAGGAGGCUAGAGAACUGGAGUUACAAGGUAGAAGCAAAAGUGAUAUCUCUGCAAUAGAGAUUCCGAAAGAUAUUAAGAAGAAAAUGGAUAGGUCCUAUAGAGACCUCGAGGCGCGGAAGAGCAGGGCUAAAGAUUUGGAGAAGUUAUACACAGAUAUGUCAAUGCAGAAGGAAUUACAGAAAAAGGGUCGCAAACGUAAGCUGCGUGAUGACGAGCUACUCAAUCCAAAUGGUAAACCGGUAUACAAAUGGCGCGCCGAUAGAAAACGCUGAAGAGAAAAGCUUUCAUGGUUGUGUAGCUUGACAUCAUUUUUCUGACCUCUACUAAAGUUUAUAUAGCAGAGAGUUUAUUAUAGUUUUUAUCUCUAGAACCUGCAGAACUUUAGAUAAAAUUUUGGAUGGGAC